AGGAAUAAUUGCCCAGGAAAAAAAAUCCUAGACAACUUAUUUUCCUACACGACCGUGUUUCCUGCCUCGACUUAUUCUCACCGGAUUCGCAGAUCGUCCAACCCCGUCCUUUUUUCGAAUUCAUUUCAUUCACAUUCUACCAGCCUUCUGACGACAUCUAAAGGACGUGCUUCUCUUGAAAUGGCAAGAACAGCAGAGUCUGCUGCCCUCAAGGCGGAGAGGUCCUCCAAGAAACGCAAGCUGAGCGACGUGGAGGACCCUGUCGAUCAGCAGGACGCCGAAGACAAGGCGGCGCGCAAGGCCGCUAAGAAAGCGAAGAAGGAGGCCAAGGCAAGGGAGGCAGGCGAGCUGGCGACGAGCGACAAGAAGGAGAAGAAGGAGAAGAAGGAGAAGAAGGACAAGAAGGACAAGAAGACCAAGAAGACGAAGUCCGAACCCCUACCUGCCAGCGAGGAGGACGCAGGGGCGGAAGACGCUGCAAAGAUAGAGAAGAAGAAGAAAAAGACCGAGAAGGCGCAGAGGAAGUCCGACGAGGGAGGCAAGAAGACCAGGGGAGAGAAGAAGUCUUCCAAGAAGGCCAACAAGGAGCAGGCCGAGGAAGACGACGAGCAGGAACCCGAGGAUGCAGAUGAGGGAGAGGACGAGUCUGCCGAGCAAGAGGAGGGUGAAUCGAAGCGUGAGAAGUUUAUUUGCUUCAUCGGCAACCUCCCCUUCACCGCGACCCAGGCCGACGUGGAGGCACACUUUGCAUCGCUCAAGCCAAGCGCGGUGCGCCUGCUGACGGAGAAGGGCACGGGCAAGCCGCGGGGCAUCGCGUUUGUCGAGUUCGACAACUACUCGCACAUGAAGACGUGCCUGGCCAAGUUCCACCACACCGAGUUCGCGGACCCGCGGGGCGGCGGCGAGGCGCGGCGCAUCAACGUCGAGCUCACGGCGGGCGGCGGCGGCAAGACGGCGGCGCGCCGGGACAAGAUCAAGGCCAAGAACGCGAAGCUCAACGAGGAGCGCGCGCGCCGCAUCCAGGCCGAGGAGGAGAACAAGGCCCUCGAGGGCAAGGGCAAGGGCAAGUCGGCCCGCAAGGACAAGGAGCAGAAGGAGGCGGAGCAGCAGCAGCCGCCGGAGCAGCAGGAUGAGGACUGGGUCCACCCUAGUAGGAGGGCGCAGAUGAAUUCUGGCGAGGGUGACGACGCCGACGACUUUGACAGCGGCGCCCGGGGCGGUGGACGAGGCGACCGCGGCCGAGGGGGCAGGGGUGGCCGUGGUGGCCGGGGAGGCCGGGGAGGUCGUGGGGGGCGCGGCGGGCGAGGAGGCCGUGGGGCACGUGGUGGCCCGCGCCGUUGGUAA